GUGAGUGGCAUGCAAAUGAGGUUCGUGUCUCCCGGGACUUUUUGGUUUCCACACUUGGCGACAUCCGCUCGUGGGCAAUUGAAGCUGGAGCCUUUUGUAUGCUGCAGGAACUAGGGGAUAGCUUCAAAAAGCACGAAUCCAAACCGGAUGAGCAGAUCAGAACGGAGAAUCGACUGGCCAUGGAGGCGAGACAGGAG